AUGGAGCUGACACCACCCACCAUGUCGGAGAACGAGGACUACGACGACGUGAAGUUUGACGGCGGCGGCCUCAUCCCGCCGGACGCGUCCAACAGCAGCAGCUCUCUCAGCGGCGGCAGCAGCCCGGGAGAGCUCGCCUACGAAGAGGUGCGCGCUCCCGCCGACGCCGACCGCGCCUCGCCCCACGGCCGCCGCAAGAGCGUCCAGGUCAACCUCGAACGCACCGCUACCAAGGGCCACUACGUCCUCACGGCCGCCGACCCCGAGAUACGCCGCAUCCUGCGUCACGGCUUGGAGCGGGAGCAGCGUCCCCAACCCCGCGUGCGCUUUCGCGACCUCGUCUUCACCCGCCAGUUCUCCACCUUCGACCGCCAGAACUCGCUCAGCUACGACUCGCCCUUCCGCGGCUGGUUCACCCUCUUCUGGCUAUGCAUCGCCCUGCUGCUCAUCCGCGUCGCCGCCAAGAACUGGAGGACAUACGGCAGCGUCCUAGGCCGCAAUGAAAUCUGGAACCUCAUGUUUGAGCGCGACGUCGUCGUCCUGGGCCUCACCGACGGCGUCAUGUGCGCCGCCACUCUUUUCGGCUUCGUCCUGCAAAAGGCCAUCGUCGCCGGAUACCUGACCUGGGAAGGCCCGGGCUACAUCAUCGAGCACCUGUGGCAGGCCUCCUACCUAGGCGCCGUCCUCUACUGGACCAUCUACCGCGACUGGCCCUGGACCCACACCAUCUUCACCGUCCUCCACUGCAUGGUCUUUCUCAUGAAGCAGCAUAGCUAUUCCUUCUAUAAUGGCUACCUCUCGCAGGUCUACCGCCGCAAACAGCUCCUAGAGGAGAAGCUCCGCGAGCUGUCCGAAAAGGAGCCCACCGUCUCCCGCCCGAACAGCCCCAUGGCCACCUCUUUUGAGAUUCCCCAAUCCGACGGGCUCCGCCAGAGGCGCCGCUCUUCGGGCUCCAAGGCUUCGACGAACGUGCUCCACGAGGAGUCCGUCCUUUCCACCAUAGCCCGCGCCGUGGAAUCCGGGGAGCCGUUGGACGCCGACCAGCUCGAAGCCCUUUCCCGCGUGGUCCGCAAUGAAAUCGAGGGCCUUUCAUCGGAGCUGCGCGGGAAGAGCACCUCGGAAGAGCGGGCAUACCCUAACAAUCUGACUUUUGCCAAUUUCGUUGAUUGGACGAUGCUCCCGACGCUAGUCUACGAGCUGGAGUAUCCGCGUCAGGAGCGCAUCAACUGGUGGUACGUGGCCGAGAAGACGGCGGCGACUUUUGGCAUCAUCUGGGUCAUGAUUGUCGUUUCUCAGGCCUACAUUUACCCACCCGUGGCCGAGACGGUUCGCAUGAAGGAGGCUGGCAUGACGCUGCAGGAACGCGCGCAGGAGUUUCCGUGGAUAGUCAGCGACAUCCUGUUCCCCUUGCUCCUCGAGCAAAUCCUCACCUGGUAUCUGAUAUGGGAAUGCAUUCUCAAUGUCCUGGCCGAGUUGACUCGCUUCGCCGACAGGGGCUUCUAUGGGGACUGGUGGAACAGCGUCAGCUUCGAUCAGUAUGCGCGCGAUUGGAAUCGUCCCGUGCACAACUUUCUUUUGCGUCACGUCUAUCAUUCCACCAUUUCCUCGUGGCACCUCAGCAAAGGCUCCGCUACCUUUGUUACCUUUUUGCUCUCUGCUCUCGUCCACGAGCUCGUCAUGUUUUGUCUCUUCAAAAAGGUGCGAGGUUACCUUUUUGCCAUGCAGCUGCUGCAAAUCCCCCUAGUCAGCCUCAGUCGCACUCGGCUGCUGAAAGGCCGCAAUGUCCUAGGAAACGUGGUCUUUUGGAUAGGAUUAUUCGUCGGGCCCAGCGUGCUGACGAGUCUUUAUCUGAUCGUUUGA